GCCUCAGUUGCUUGUGACCGCCAUGUUGGCUACGGGCACGGUGUCAGCGCCAAUAGCUUUAGGCGACAGUCACGUACAAGGUCUAUGGGAGAGGCCGCAGACACCGGAAGGAAUUGCCAGGGCCCUUAGCAGGUGGUCACAUGAUGGCGGCUCAGUAACCCGGAUGUGGGCGUGGCGGGGCAUGGCGUGGAAGCAGGCGUUGCGGGGCCGCCUGGCUGCCUGCACCGGCUCUAAAAAAAGUGAACAAGAGCUAAAGGAUGAAGAAAUGGACUUGUUUACAAAAUACUAUAUGGAAUGGAAAGGAGGAAGAAAAAGUGUUAAUACAUCUUACAUGAAUAUACCACGUUUUUAUUACAGGCUGCCAGCUGAGGAUGAAGUCUUGCUUCAGAAGUUAAGAGAAGAAUCUAGAGCAGUCUUUCUACAGAGAAAAAGUAGAGAGCUGUUAGAUAACGAAGAGCUGCAGAAUUUGUGGUUUCUGCUGGACAAACAUCAGACACCUCCUAUGGUUGGGGAGGAAGCAAUGAUCAAUUAUGACAGCUUCUUGAAAGUGGGUGAGAAAGCUGGACCCAAGUGCAAGCAGUUCUUUACAGCAAAAGUCUUUGCUAAAUUACUGCACAAUGAUCCCUAUGGAAGAAUAUCUAUCAUGCAGUUCUUCAAUUAUGUGAUGAGAAAAGUGUGGCUUCACCAGACAAGAAUUGGCCUCAGUUUAUAUGACGUGGCAGGACAAGGUUACCUCAGAGAAUCGGAUUUAGAAAAUUAUAUUUUGGAACUUAUCCCUACUUUACCACAGUUGGAUGGUUUAGAAAAAUCAUUUUACUCAUUCUAUGUCUGCACUGCUGUUAGAAAGUUCUUCUUCUUCUUAGACCCUCUCAGAACAGGAAAAAUAAAGAUACAGGAUAUUUUAGCUUGCAGCUUUCUGGAUGACUUAUUGGAGUUAAGGGAUGAAGAACUUUCUAAAGAAAGUCAAGAAACAAAUUGGUUUUCUGCUCCAUCUGCAUUGAGGGUUUAUGGCCAGUAUUUAAAUCUUGACAAAGAUCACAACGGUAUGCUCAGCAAGGAAGAACUAUCCCGCUAUGGAACAGGGACUCUAACCAACGUAUUUUUAGAUCGUGUCUUUCAAGAGUGUCUGACUUACGAUGGAGAAAUGGAUUAUAAGACCUACCUGGACUUUGUACUUGCAUUAGAAAACAGAAAGGAACCUGCAGCUCUACAAUAUAUUUUCAAACUGCUUGAUAUAGAGAACAAAGGAUACCUGAAUGUUUUUUCCCUGAAUUAUUUCUUUAGGGCUAUUCAGGAACAAAUGAAAAUUCAUGGACAAGAACCAGUUUCUUUCCAAGAUGUCAAGGAUGAAAUUUUUGAUAUGGUAAAGCCAAAGGAUCCAUACAAGAUCUCCCUUCAAGACUUAAUCAACAGUAGUCAAGGAGACACUGUUACCAGCAUUCUAAUUGAUCUGAAUGGCUUCUGGACCUAUGAGAACAGAGAAGUACUUGUAGCAAGUGAUAAUGACAGUACUACAGAUAUUGACGAUACUUAACAGGAAUACAUAGUACUCAUGGAGAUGCGCCUAAAUGUGCUCCAACUCUAAAGCUGCAGUCCUAUUCAUUAUCCAGAUCAGACGCUUCCAUCUUCCCCCAGAUGGGUGGUAUUAAAACAUUGUAUGGGAAUUGUCAGUGGCAAAUGGUGAUGGCAAUAGUGGUCUGACUUUAGUAAUCUGAAGAGAUUGUUUGGAAUCUUUCUUCAGCCUACAGUUGCAAGUAACAUUUCUCUUCAGACAUUUUGUUCUAGGAUGAAUAGUAAAACCUGCAGAGUAUUAAGGAUGGUAUUUCCAGUAGUGCCCAGUGUUUGCCUCUCUCUGCUUCUAGUGAAGCCAGUAGGAAUCUUGGGAUUGGUCUAAACUCUGCUUCUAUUAAGAAAAAAAAUCUUAAGCAUGUUGUUGUACACUAUGUAUUGUUUCUCUUACCCUCCCCCCUAUUAAACUGUAGAUGAUUUUGUAUGAAUACAAAUUUGAAUUUGUAUGGUAAGAUGGAGAAUAACUGAUGUGACAAGCAGAAUUUAAUACACAUACAGUAAUUAUUCAUUUAACACAUGCCUGCUUAACACGUUUUUGCAAUAGCAUGAUGGUUUUUUUAGGGAACGUUUUUCUAACAACACGACCGUCCUCAACAUGAAAAUAAUCAAGUGUCAGACUACUUUGCGUGGCUGGAUAAGUUGGUGAAAACAGUGGUAAUAUGCAUGAGCAGAUGAAUACACGUGAUCACAGCGCUCCUCGGCUCACUCACAUGUUUGUUUUAACAAACCACAGCAACUUUUGUUGCUAGAUAUCUAAUAAUGAAGACCCACCACCACC